AUGAAGUUUUACAUUGACAAUUUGCCAGUAUAUUUUCCAUAUGACAAGAUAUAUCCUGAACAGUAUGCAUAUAUGGCAGAUCUGAAAAAAGCACUUGAUGCACAGGGAAAUUGUUUAUUAGAAAUGCCAUCUGGUACAGGAAAAACUGUAUCACUUUUAUCACUCAUAAUAUCUUAUCAAAUGUUUUAUCCAGAGAAAAGGAAACUAAUCUACUGUUCAAGAACAGUACCAGAGAUUGAAAAGGCAUUAGCAGAAUUAAACAAUCUUAUACAAUACAGAAAACAAUGUGGUAUUAAUGAAAGUUUUUUAGGAAUUGGAUUAACAUCAAGAAAAAACCUUUGUUUACAUCCUACUGUGAAAAAAUGGGGUAAAAUUGUUGAUGCUAAAUGUAGAAAUCUUACUUCAUCAUGGAUAAGGGAAAAGGCUAAGGCUUAUCCAGAAGAUGAAGUUGCAUUGUGUAAUUUUUAUGAGCAAUUAGAAAAAAUGGAUACAAAAGAAAACAUGUUGCCUGAUGGUGUUUAUACACUUGAGGAUUUAAAAGAAUAUAGUAAAAACAAAGAUCCUAAAGUUGCAGAAUUGGUAUCAAAAGAAAUGUCUAAAGAUUGUAUAGUAGUGUUUGAUGAAGCUCAUAAUAUUGAUAAUGUUUGUAUUGAAUCUUUAAGUAUCGAUCUUACAAAGCCAAAUUUGGAUGCUAGUGCAAGAAGUGUAGCUGAAUUAGCCAAAAGGAUUGAAGACCUUAAAGCCGAGGGAUCAGAGAAAUUACAAAAUGAAUAUACAAAACUAGUUGAAGGCCUAAAAGAAGCAAGUCAAGCAAGAGAUGAAGAUAUGUAUAUGGCAAAUCCUGUCUUACCAGAUGAUGUGUUAAAAGAAGCUGUGCCUGGAAACAUACGGAAAGCAGAACAUUUUGUAGCAUUCAUGCGGCGUUUCAUUGAAUACUUAAAAACUAGAAUGCGUAUAAAACAUGUGGUUGCUGAGACACCUGUAUCAUUUCUUCAAAAUGUUAGAGAUGUUACAUUUAUAGAUCAAAAGCCUUUAAGUCAAAGACUGACCUCAUUGAUUCGUACUCUGGAGCUAACUAACCUUGAUGAAUAUUAUGCAUUACAUAAAGUUGCUGGAUUUGCAACAUUAAUUUUAAUUUCAAUAGGCUUUUUGUUGAUUUUGGAACCUUUUGAAAAUGAUACCAUACCUAAUCCAGUACUUCAUCUCACAUGUCUUGAUGCCUCUAUUGCAAUUAAGCCAGUUUUUCAAAGAUUUAAAACUGUAGUGAUUACAUCAGGAACAUUAUCACCUCUUGACAUGUAUCCAAAAAUGUUGAAUUUUCGUGCUGUGAUUCAAGAAAGUUAUUCAAUGAGUCUUACUAGAAACUGCUUUCUACCACUGGUUAUUACUAGAGGAAGUGAUCAAGUGGCAAUAAGUUCAAAAUUUGAAGUAAGAAAUGAUCCUGCCGUAGUAAGAAAUUUUGGGCAAAUUCUUGUAGAGUAUUCAAAAAUAGUUCCUGAUGGCAUUGUGGCUUUUUUCCCUAGCUAUUUAUACAUGGAAUCAAUUGUGGCCAUGUGGAAUGAUAUGGGAAUUUUGAAUGAAGCAUUGAAAAAUAAAUUAAUAUUUAUUGAAACUCCUGAUGCAAUUGAGACAAGCCUUGCAUUGGAAAAUUAUCGUAAAGCAUGUGACAAUGGUAGAGGUGCCAUUUUACUUUCUGUUGCUCGCGGUAAAGUGUCAGAAGGUAUAGAUUUUGAUCAUAAUUAUGGUCGUGCUGUGAUAAUUUUUGGUGUACCAUAUCAAUAUACCGAGAGUAGAAUAUUAAAAGCACGUUUGGAAUUUCUUAGAGACAACUAUCAAAUACGUGAAAAUGAUUUUUUGACAUUUGAUGCAAUGCGUCAUGCAGCACAAUGCGUAGGAAGAGUGUUACGUGGGAAAACAGAUUACGGGCUUAUGAUAUUUGCUGAUAAAAGAUUUGGAAGAGCAGAUAAACGGAAUAAAUUACCAAAAUGGAUAAACCAACACAUUACAGAUAUAGCAAUAAAUUUAUCAACAGAUAUGGCUUUAGUGAUUGCAAAAAAAUUUUUAAGAUCCAUGGCACAGCCAUUUGAACAUGACAAAUUUGGAAUCAGUUUAUGGAGUCUGAAAGAUCUGGAAGCUAAACAACAACAAAAUAAUAGAAUUACACAAGCUUAA